AUGGACUACGAAUUGAGCGACCAAGAGCUCCGUGCAAAAGAAUCCGAGCUAGCAAAUGGUCCGACGUUUGAGGAUUUAGCGAUUGACGACAGUUUAAGUGACUUGGAGCGCGUCACGAAAUACGUGUGCAGUAAUAUUGCCCUCCAGCGUGUGAUUCAUGUGAAAAUGCUGCAUGAGACAGCACAAUCUGUAGGUUUUGAGGCAACGUGUACUCAGCUCUUACCAUUACUUGAGCCAUUGGUGUGUGAUGUUGAAUACGUUGUACGGCAGCACGUUGCAUUGCAAUUCCCACCAUUGUGUCAAUUUCUCGUUAAGACAGCACCUCUAGUUGGUUAUCGUGUGCUCUUAGAUCAACUCAUUCCAUUGAUUACGAAGCUUGUGUCAGACGAUCAACAUGAGGUCCGCUCAGCUGCAAGUGAGAGUCUUGUCGACAUGGCCGCACUUGUUAAGCCAGAGGAUCAAGGACAACACGUACUAACAAUUGUACUGCCUUUGGCACACGACGAUGACAAUGAACAGUUUCGGAUCUCAGCCGUUGCAUUAUACAACGGUCUUGCGGAACACUUUGGACCGGAAUUGUGUCAACAGUUUUGUGUACCUGAACUAAUUUCAUUGUCUGAAGAUCCAGUAUUUCGAGUACGUAAAUCGACGGCACUUAGUUUUUCGAAUAUUUGUAAGACAGCAGGAACAAAACUCAGUCGGGAGAGGUUAAUACCAGCGUUUCAGCGACUGGCCAAAGAUGAUAUAUGGGGCGUGCGGAAAGCUUGUGCUGAGUGUUUGGUUAAUGUUGCACUCGCGCUGGCACCACCAGACCGUGGACCGAUAUUGAUACCAAUGUUUGAGGGUUUUAUAGAGGACUCGUCACGGUGGGUUCGCAUGGCUGCAUACCAAAGCUUGGGGCCGUUCCUGGCGGCAUUGGAAAGAAGUCAGGUUACCGAUGAACUAGUAAAUCACUUUGUGAGCAUGUCGACGACAGCAGCAUCGCAGCUUGGUGGCAGUGGCGAGGUAGACAUUAAACACCAUUGUGCAUUCAACUUUCCGGCGGUGGUAAGUAUCCUGGGCGCCGCAGAGUGGCCAAAAAUAUCACCAGUUUUUGAGCUUCUACACAGCGACACCUACUGGAAGAUUCGGCGGUCAUUUGCGUACUCUUUGCACGAGCUGGCACGAAUUUUAGGCCAGGGCAUAACUGAAACACAACUAGCUACAGCGUUUGACAGUUAUCUUCAUGAUGUGCAGGACGUACGUUUAGGUGUGAUGCUGCACUUUGCUGACUUUUUGGAGAAUGUAUCUCCGUCCUUUCGUGGGAGCUAUUUACCCGUGCUGGCGGAGUUUGAUUCAUUUGACAACACCACGAAAUGGCGCUUUCGCGAAGUUUUGAGCGGACAGCUAGCGCAGCUGUGCCGCACUUUCACACCCGAGGCGACGUUUUCGGUGAUACAUCCACUUGUGUUUAAGCUCGUCACAGACCCGGUCGCGGUUGUGCGAGAACAGAGCUAUCAUGCAUGCCCGCUGUUGGUUGCACGUUUAAGCUCGAACGCAGAGUGGUUGACUGCUAUUGUUGACAAAUUUGUGACUCUUGCGCACUCUUCACAUUAUCAAGACAGACAAUGCUUUGUAAAAAUUUGUGCUUCUUUUCUUGACAGAGGUGAAGUACAGGAGGACGUGGCGUUAACUGACGCUGCUCGCGAGUUUUUUACGUCCAAGCUGGCCAUCGUGUUUUUUACGCUGGCAAUGGAUCCAGUGUCAAAUGUCCGAAUGGUAUUUGCCGAAACAACGGUUAAACAUCAACAAUUGUGCCGAGAUCACCCCGACUGUCCACACCCAUUACGCGAAAUUUUGACAACUGCGACAUUCAGUAAUGCUGAGGCGUUUGCUGCUAUUCUGUCUAGACGAGGUAAGGAACAACUCGAUGCAGAUGCUAAGGAGGAUACAGAGGCAAAGAGCAAAGAAGUAGUUGAUGGCCUAGCAACCAGUAUGGAUGCUGAGAAGGAAAAGAAGGACAGUUUGAAGGCUACAGCAGAUUUAUCGGGGACAGUUUUGCAAGCAUCUGAGGAGAAAGUGGUUAAACCUGAAGUUGCUGAAGCGAAAGACAAAGAGGAGAAUCUUGAGGUAGCUGAAGCUGAAACGAAUGGGGUAAAAACCGAGGUUGGCAAAGUUCCGGUGAUGGAUGAAGUUGCGUCUACCGAGACUUCAGCUCUUUUGCCGACCUCAUCACAGGCAGCGCCGCCAGUAGAAGCUGAAACAAUUGCUGAUUCGGCAUCGUUGGUAUUAGCAAAAGAGCGUGAGCGCCAUUGA